AUGUCGAGCCUGAUAGAUAUUUGGACGGUGGAGGUGGACAGGAUUCGGGCCACGAGGAGAGCGGGGGAGCCGUUCAGACCCACGGCUUCGCCCGGCGCACAAGAAGGCGGCCACGUAGCUCAGCCGUCCGGCGACGGAAAUGGAACGCCAACAGCUGAUGGUGUCAUGGCUUGGCCGGCCAGGGAUCAGGCUGCCGGCGCUGGCGCUGGCUCGCCGUCGUCGCCGGUGCUCGUCCGGGAGGACGCCUUCUUGUCCAUCCUGGUCGAUUGCUUCGGUCAGUAG